CCGGCGCCCGCGCCGCUGCCUGGCGCGGCCGCGCUGUCCACGCCGCUGGCUGGCGCUGGCGACGCGGCGCAGGGCGCUGCCCUCGUUUUCGACACGGAUGAGAUGCUGGACGCCCAGCUAGACAGCAUGCUUCAGCAAAUUGAUGCCGCCUAUGGCCGCGCCUCCGUCGGCGGCCCCACGGGCGCCGCGUCGAUGCACCCCUUUACCAGUCCCAUAGGCGGCGUUGGCGCCGGCGGCGCGCCGCACCUGCCCCACCUGCAGCGCGCGCUGCAGGCGCACGCGUGGCAGCAGGCCGCGCAGCUGGCGCAGCUGCAGGGGCUCCACCUGCAGGCGGGGUACGUCCAGCGGCAGCAGGCUUUGGAGGCCUUACAGCACUCGAACUCGGCAGAGGCGGCCGCCCUCUACUACAGUUGGUCGGCAGAGGCCCGCGCCAACACGCAUUUGUUCUAA